AUGAUGUCGUCUCCAGGUCCAGUGGAUUCUCCUUCUCCAUCGGUAGUAAAGAAACAUAAGAAACACAAAAGUGAAAAACGCGAAAGGGAAGAAAAACCAGGUUUGAAGCUCAUAUUAAAAGUAGGAUCUCAAAAUACGCCGGAGCACGAUAAAGAAUUCGAUCCUAGCUUACCAGUGCCAGUACCAGUACCAGUACUUGGUGAAGGAAUGGAAGAACCAAUGCAAGUAGAUCCAAAUGAUCCUUACUUUGGUAUGUCCAAAUCACACCAUAAGAAGUCAAAGAAGAAAAAGAAGAAAAAGGACAAGAACAAGGAUAGAGAAAAAAGGCAUAAACACCAUCACAAAGAUAAGAAACGUAAAAGGGAAGAAAAUGAAGAAAAUGAAGACAUUGAAGUGUAUCCCCAAAUUGGUAGUCCUGGUAGAGAACUCAGAACUUGUGUUAUUAAGAAACUGCAAGAAAGAACACCACUUUCAAAAGGGUUGGAUCAUUUGUUGACCCAACUGGAGAAAAAGGACCCUCAGAACUUUUUUGCUUGGCCAGUUACUGAUAAUAUUGCUCCUGGCUACUUUUCUAUCAUUACAAAUCCAAUGGACUUCAGUACAAUGAGACAAAAAAUAGAGGAGAAUCAGUAUUCACAUCUUGAUGAGUUUGUGAAUGAUUUCAAACUGAUGUGUGAGAACGCCAUGAAAUAUAAUCAUGUUGAAACAGUCUAUUACAAAGCAAGUAAAAAGCUUCUUCAAGCUGGUUUGAAGCUGAUAGUCCCUGAAAAAUUGGGUUGGAUGUUGAACUUGGUGCCAGAAAUAACUAGUGAGGAGGUUGGUUUUGAGAUAACAGCUGAACUGAGAGCUGUCAAGCAACAAGAAGAUCAUGAGGAUGGUGAGCAUGUCCUGGAAAAUAAAAGAAAAAUGCCAGCCACCAAGUUUGAGGCUGUUCCUGAUGUUCUAACUGCUGAGGAGAUUCUUGCAAAGUCUCAGAUUGCUGCUAGGCAAGCCAAGGCAAAAUUAUUAAUGAAACGAGGUCCCGGCAUGGGCUUCCUGAAACAAAAGAAAGACGGCUCCACCCACCUGAACAUCCUGGUAGGCGGGGACGGAGUUAUUCCCGGCACCAAGAAACGUCCCAUCCUGCUGGGCCAGCUGUGCGGCAAGCUGUCCGAAGGCACCAAUCAGAUACAGGGCUUCCGCGAAGAUCGCCGGAACAUCGGCAAGCCGGUGAAACCGCUUUACUACGGGGCGUUCGGAUCGUACGCUCCGAGCUACGACUCUGCUUUUUCCAAUCUCAGCAAAGAAGAGAGCGAUCUGGUCUACCAAACUUACGGCUCAGAUUCGGCCGUACAGUAUGCAGAGAGCGUCCAGGACUUUGUCAAGGAUUCCGACUAUGCCACUCAUCUAGUCGACUCCCUUUUGGACUUGCUGACAGGCGGAGAUCAUUCCAGGACGAAGAAGAGCCUUGAGGAGAACAAGAACUUGAGGGAGGAGGAGGCAGCAGUCAAGACCAUGCUGGAAGUGAAGCCCACAGAUGCUGUCAAGAUUGAUGUAGACGAGUUGAAGAGUCUACAAGACCUAGGCAUCGACGUCGCCUUUCUGGAAUCGAUGGACGAGGAGAUCCGCGUGUCCGAGCAGUGCCACGAACUGCAGCAGCGCUUGGACGGCAUGUCCAGAUUGCUCGAUCAGCUGCAGCGCUCGCAGCACCGACGACUGUCCGCCCCGCCCCCUUCCAACAUGGCGGCGUGUCCGCCCCCUUGCGACGAGGAGCAGAGGCUGGCGGACAGCGUCACGGAGAAUUUGGCGGAGAUGGCUAAGAGGGUGACUCCUGCGGAAGUGGCGCCCGUGGCAGGGAUCAGGAAGGCGUUGGGAUUGGGUAUGGGGGAGGUGAACGGCGGGGCCCCGGAAGUAAGUAAUAUCGAUCUGGAGUCCGAGUUGAGGCAGUUUUUGGAGAGCGAGCCGAGUUUGACGCAGAGUCCGUUGAGGGAUGAUCAUAGCAUCGAGGAGAUAUUGAUGGAUUGA